AGAUGCUUAAAUAGCCUGAAUCUUUAUGGGUAUGCCAGAGUUCGAUAUUGCGAUUCCAAACAUAUUUUAUCAAAAGUAUAUUUUAGUGCAUUGUUAAUAUAAGCAAUUAUUAUAUAUUAUACAUUUAAGAAAAAAUAUGGUUGUUACAGCUCAACAAAUAUGGGAGCAUACACCGGGCGAGGCGUGGGUAUAUCUCGUCAUUUUGACCAGUAUUUACAUUCUAUAUAUUCUGAGGACUUACAUCAGAAGUGUCAUACACAUUUCUCGACUAAAUGGCCCGAAAACUAUACCAAUUAUUGGAAAUGCAAACAGUAUUCUUAAAGAAAAUUUUCUUUAUAGAUUAGCAUAUGAAAGUCAAAUGUAUGGACGUAUUGUCAGGAUAUGGUUAACAAUAUUUCCAUAUGUAAUGUUUCUGGAACCAGAAGAUAUCAAAUUGAUUCUCAACAAUGCAAAGCAUACGCGGAAAGUAUUUUUUUACAAAUUGUUAGAUAAUUUUCUUGGAAAAGGCUUGAUUACAAGAGAUAUUAAAAGUUGGCGAAUUCAUCGAAGAUUAUUACAGCCCGCUUUUCAUCUUCAUGUUCUUCAAAAAUUUACAAACACUUUCGCAAAACAUGCAGAUCAUUUAAUGAACAAAAUUCUUGAAAAGAACAAUCAAGAAAUUAAUAUUACUACCUUCAUCAAUGAUUCUGUUUACAAUAUCUUGAGUGAAACAGUUUUGGGAAUAAACCGAAUAAAUCAGAUCAAUGAAAUGGAUGAUUUACCUUUUCGAAAAGGACAAAUUAUGCUUUUAUAUCGGAUGAUAAGACCUUGGCUUUUAAUUGAAUGGAUUUAUCGGUUAACAAAAUAUGGUAGAGAAGAAGAGAAACAACGAAAAGAUCUCUUCGAUACUUGUUUUAAAAUAGUAAAAGAGAAGCGUAAUCUUUUACAAAGUAAAGAACGUAUCCCUAAUAACGACACAAAAAAAAAUAAAAAUAUAUCCUUAUUAGAAUACAUGGUAGAAAUAAAUGAAAAAAAUCCUUGUUUUUCCGAUGAAGAUAUUGUUGAAGAAUGUUGCACAUUUAUGUUAGCAGGACAAGAUUCAGUUGGUACUGCGACAGCGAUGACAAUUUUUCUUUUAGCUAAUCAUCCUGAAUGGCAAAAUAAAUGUAUAGAAGAAAUUGAUGAAAUUUUUAAUGGAGAUACAAGAUUUCCUACAAUAAGUGAUUUAAAAGAAAUGAAAUGUUUAGAAAUGUGCAUCAAAGAAUCACUUAGAUUAUACCCAAGUGUACCAAUAAUAGGAAGAAUAUUAGGUGAAGAUAUAAAAAUUGGAAAAUAUAUAAUACCAGCGGGCUGUAGUGUAUUAAUAUCACCUUAUAGUACACAUCAUUUGCCACAUCAUUUUCCAGAUCCUGAUGCAUUCAAACCUGAACGUUUCAGUCCAGAGAAUUCGGAGAAAAGACAUCCUUAUGCUUAUAUACCUUUCAGUGCUGGACCAAGAAAUUGUAUUGGUUACAAAUUUGCAAUGCUUGAAAUGAAAUCUAUAAUUAGUGCAAUUCUUAGAAGAUGCCGAUUACAAUCGAUUCCUGGAAAAAAGGAAAUACAGCCAAAAUUUAGAAUGACAAUCAGAGCACAAGGAGGAUUAUGGAUAAAAAUUAUUGAACGUGAUCAAAUAUUAAAAAGUAUUGCAGCAUAAACAAAAUAUUUUUUUUAUAAUUUUGAUUAUUAAAAGAUCUGUUAAAAGAGAUUUAAAUUUAAUUUUAAAAUUUAAAAUUUAAAUUUUGAAUAAUUUUAUAUUAAUAAUUAUUAUAUAUAUCAAAAUUAUUUUUCAAUGAAUUAAAAUGAUAUUUUGUAAUAUA